AUGGAUAUUUUCGUAUCUCAGCUGCCUGGGCUCUCUGUCGCUACGCAUCUAUCGAGAGAGCUCGCAAAGGACGACGACGAGAAUAUGCCCGACAACAAAAGCUGGCGCUUGGGACACAGCAAGCAGCCAAAGAAGCCCCCGAGAACAUCUACCCCGCUCAAGAUUGACGUCGACAGUCCUGCAGGCCUCGACGAUACGAGCGACCGCCGCCUUCAACUCAGCUGGCGGAAGACACGGCAGAGCAGCAGACCACAGACUCCUGUAGGCGGUGCGCACACCACGCCUAUCGCCGACGACGCAGAUGACGCCCCAAGUGAACGCUCAGAUACCCCGGCUCUACGUCGAGACUCGAAGCCCAAGCUCGCUCGCUACACAUCGCUCUUCGCCAACUUCAAAGAGACAGCCAAAGAGCCCGAGUUCGCGUUUUCUGCGCCAUGGGGUGAAGAUGCACCACCGCCCUUUCAGACCUACAUAGAUCCGCUCGACGUUGUAACCUCUGUCCGAUCGCAUAUGGUAACAGCUUCCUGGCCAAUACCUAUGGAGCACAACAGCGGCCUUUUCCGUGUGUUUGAGGACUACCGCAAGGUGCGAGAGCAGAAGGAGUGCCUCAGUAUAAUGUUGGAGGAGACACUCAAGGAUUGGAAAAAGGCCGAAGAGCACUGGACACGCUCAAGAGAUCGCUAUGGAGCGGAGAUACGGCGCUUGGAGCUACUCAUAGCUCGUGGGGCCAGUGGCAUGACUGGACUCAUACAGGCUCGUCAAGACAGUAUUGUGCGACGUCAUAGGAAGACCAUCUCGCACGACAGUUUCCCGCCAAAAUACGACCUCCUCUCUUACGCGCAACUUGACCAAGAGAUCAAAUUGAUGAGUCAGAGAGCGCUUCUGAACCGGCCGUCGUCUCCCUCUGGAAAGAUGGCCGUCCUAUCGACGCAGUUCACCAACGACAUGGAAGAGUUGCCUGUAGGCAAUCCACCGCAGACUAGCAAGAAUUUGACAUUGUCGCGCAAAGUCCAGAGCGAGCUCAAUCUCAUUGCUAUUCAGAAGACAAGGCCUUCUCGAUCCUUUACUAGUUCUGUCGCUUCUGGCUUCUCGGGAGGAUCUGGCGACCCUUUGCCUGACGAGAUGACGAUUCUGGAGCACACCGGCAUGGAGCCGGCCACCGAAUGCGAAGCUCUUAUCGCUCUCCGGGCACUCGGUACACUCGUCGCAAGACACUAG